CGUCCCCCCUCCUUCCGCUCUCACUACAAUUAAGUCUGCAUUCUCACACACACACAUACACACACACACACAUACACACACACACACACACACACACACAGAGCCUGCACACUGGAGAGUUCCGGGAGCGUCGCGGCUGCGUUUCCUCGCAUCAUUUCCGCCAUUUUUCGUGUCGGAUCGCGGCGAUGUUUCACGCAGCAGAGCGACAGUGAGGUGAAGACAGACUGAGAGAGGAAGAGGAGGAAGAGCAGGAAACGCGUCCGUGUGUGUGUGUGUGUGUGUGUGUGUGUGCGCGUGCAGAUGGUGAUGUGGUGCUGAUGAUGAGAAUGAGGAUGAUGAUGAUGAUGAUGGUUUCUCCGCGUCUGCCUGCCAUGGCUCUCCCUGAGCUCUUCCUCAGGCUCUUCCUAUGCGCUCAGCUCAUCUCCAGUUCCCUCCAAACAGAAAACGAUGACGACGAAGUGACCAACAAAACCUGGGUGUUGACCCCGAAAGUGUACGAGAGCGACGUCACCCACAUCCUCAACAGUUUACUGGAUGGAUACGACAACAAGCUGAGGCCGGAUAUAGGAGUUAAACCCACUGUGAUCCACACGGACAUGUUUGUUAAUAGCAUCGGUCCUGUAAACGCCAUCAACAUGGAAUACACCAUCGACAUCUUCUUUGCUCAGACCUGGUACGACAGACGCCUGAAGUUCAACAGCACAAUGAAGGUCUUGCGUCUCAACAGCAACAUGGUGGGAAAGAUCUGGAUCCCUGACACCUUCUUCCGGAACUCCAAGAAGGCUGACGCCCACUGGAUCACCACGCCCAAUCGUAUGCUCCGGAUCUGGAAUGAUGGGCGGAUCCUUUACACACUGAGGUUGACCAUCGAUGCUGAGUGCCAGCUUAAACUGAAUAACUUUCCCAUGGAUGAACAUUCCUGUCCCCUGGAGUUCUCGAGCUACGGAUACCCGAAGGAGGAGAUCAUCUACAAGUGGAAGCGCAGUUCUGUGGAGGUUGGAGACAUCCGCUCCUGGAGACUCUACCAGUUCUCCUUCGUGGGACUGAGGAACAUCUCAGCUGUCGUCAGCACCUUCUCAGGUGAGUACGUGGUGCUGACCGUCUUCUUCGACCUGAGCAGGAGGAUGGGAUACUUCACCAUCCAGACCUACAUCCCCUGCACCCUGAUCGUUGUCCUCUCCUGGGUCUCCUUCUGGAUCAACAAGGACGCCGUCCCUGCUCGCACAUCCUUAGGAAUCACCACGGUGCUCACCAUGACCACGCUCAGCACCAUCGCCAGGAAGUCGCUGCCCAAAGUGUCGUACGUGACGGCCAUGGACCUGUUCGUGUCUGUGUGCUUCAUCUUCGUGUUCGCGGCACUGAUCGAGUACGGCACGCUGCACUACUUCGUGAGCAACCGCAAGCCGAGUAAAAACAAGGACAAGAAGAAGAAAAACCCGCUCCUCCGGCUCUUUCCCUCGAAGCAGAACCCGACGGUGGACAUCCGUCCACGCUCGGCCACGGCCAUCCAGAUGAACAACGCCACCCACAUGCAGGAGCGUGACGAGGAGUUCGGCUAUGAGUGUCUGGACGGGAAAGACUGCACAAGCUUCUUCUGCUGCUUUGAAGAUUGUCGCUCGGGGGCGUGGCGUCACGGCCGCUUGCACAUCCGCAUCGCCAAGAUCGACUCGUAUGCGCGCAUCUUUUUCCCCACCGCCUUCGGCCUCUUCAACCUCGUCUACUGGGUUUCGUACCUGUACUUGUGAGCGCCGCUGCUAUGUCUGUGGCGCAGUGCUAACCACACAACAUGAUGCUAAACAUACAACGCUAAUCAUACUACAUACUGCUAAUCCUAUAGCAUACUACUAAUCAUACAACUUACUGCUAGUCAUAUAGUAUAAAGCUAAUCAGACAAACGCUGCUUUUUAUUACGAUCUUUAUCACAAACAUUUUCUCGUCACCUCCGUCCUGUUACACUGUGCCCAUGUCGACUUCCUCUUACCUGUGUUACACUAGUGCACACUUCUCCAAAAGCACUAGAACACUAGCUAGUGAAAGACAUAGACUAGAUUAUUGGGUGUGGUGUUCUUUAGAUUGUCACAAUCUAGUCCCAUAAAUGGUUAUAGACUAGCAACACUGCAGUACUGGGAAGUGUAGUCCACUAGAUUGGUGGAAAUGGAGUCCAGUAGAUUGUGUAGAUUGGGGGAGGGUUUGCUUCAUUUGGUUGUAGUCCACUAGAUAAUUUGAGAUCUGUUCAGCUAGAGGACGAUGGAUUACGUUUACUACACACUGGGAUGUGUUAUCAUCUAAACUGAAGAUAAUCUUGUCCCCUAGAUAGUGGGAGAUGAAUAUGUAGUUGAGACAGUGGAGUAAAUGAGAUCAUGAAAGAUGUAGACUAGACUGAGGAAGCUAUAGACUUAUGAGAUCUAGUCUUCUAGAUAGUAAGUGAUCAUGGACUAAAUAUCAGAGGAUUGUGGGAGGUGUAGAUUACUAGGUGUAGUACAUUAGGUAGUGUUAUAUCUCUGUGAUGAUUAUAGAUUCAAUGUGGCUAGACUGAGGGAGAUAUAGUCCACUAGAUUGAAAUACUCAUGUAGUCCACUAGAUAAUAGGGACCCUAACCCUAGUCAGGUAGAAGACGGUAGGUCAAGUCCACUAGAUUGUGGGUGUAGAUGUAGAGCCCUGGAUAAUGAGAUUACAGUGACAAGAUGUAGACUAGCUACCUACUAGUGGGUGAUCUAGUCCCUUAGCUAGUGAGAGAUAUCAAUAACUGCUAUGACCUGGAUUUGUGAAAGGUGUAGUUCACUAGAUAGUGAGAGAUGUAGACUAGUCAGUAGUACUUAGUGAAUUAGAUAGUGUCAGUUGUCCACCAGAUAAUUGGAAAGUUAGUCAUGUAGGAAAUGGUAGAUAUAGUCCACUAGACUGUAGAUAUAGUCCACUAGAAUGUAGGAGAUGUAGUUCACUAGCUGGGCUAUCUAGUGUGCUAGAGUGCUAGUUAUUAAGUCUAGUCCACUAAGUAGGGGGUUAGGAGGCUAAAGUUUACUUGACUUUGAUACCUUCACCUUCAUGUAGUUUGUCACUGUAUUCACAUAUCCAUAUCACUAGAUUAUGGAAAGUGUAGUCCACUAGAUUGAGGGAGACCAAGUGCACUAGACUGUGUUAGAUGUAGUAAACUAUAUAAUGGAAGUUAUUGUGCAGACCAAGAUAUUUUUCAGGAUAUGUAGUCCACUAGAUAGUGUGAGGUCUUGUCCACUAGAUAAUGGGAAGUCUAGUCCAUUAGACUGAGUGCAAUCGAGUCUUAAUCAGAUCUGACUCGAGUAGUUAAACCCUUAAAAUGGAGGUGGGGAUUCGAUCUAGGGGAAGUCGGCAAGGGGAAGUCGUCGAGGGUGCGCUGAGAGCAGGAUUGGAACAAGGACCAUUUGUCAUGUUAUUUUGCUGUCACACUCUGAGGUGAGUGAGAAAGGCUGCUAAUUGGUUGUGAUUUGUUAAAGAUGAGGGUAGUGGGCGGGGCUUGUGGUCAUAGCUUUAAUCACACCUACAUUCAUAUCAAGUAUGGAACUCAUUGUGAAGUUAGACUCCUGUUUUUCAGCUUUUGUCGUCGUGUUUAUUUGAUCGUCGUGUCGUCGUGAACAAAGCGAAGGCUGUAGCAACACAUUUUUGGGGGCGGGGCUUCGACUCAGCACUUCUGUCACUCCUAUCAGGGACUCGGUGAAGUAUUUAGAUAUGCAUGUCCAGUCUAGAGUUCCCAGAAUUCCUUUGAAUGAACAGGAAGUGAUGUCAUUAGUUGAUGUCAGAAGUCAAGGGGCCACUCUGAAAGUUAUUUAUGAAUUAGUUACACAAAAAAAAAUGAAAUGUGAAAUUUAUUUAUUCAGUAUUUAUUUCUGUUCGUUAGCUGCCGUGUUUUACGAGCGACGGUAAAAUCAACGAUCUGUACAAAGGAUGUAAAUAUUUAAUACUGUACAAUGUAGUGAUUUAUUUAUUAUCUAUUGCAUGCAGCAUUAAAAAAAGCAAACUUAUUUAACAAUUUUCCAUUAACGAUGAUGAACUGAAUAUAAAAUUCACCGCUUAUAUCACUUAAAAAUGAAAAACAAAUUUCUUGUCUGGAUUUCAUGAACAUAUUUAAAGUCAUUUCUUUUCUAUUUAUUUGCAGCACUUGAACUUUUUCUUGUUUGUAUAAUGAGCCUGCGGGGGCGUGGCCAUCCUUCCUGACAUCAUCUUUACAGCAGGACAGGUGAAGCAUAACGGUUAGGGUGUGAUCUGGGUUCUGUGUGUGUUUUGUGAUUGUAGCUAACUGCCACGCUAGCCAGCUGUGUUUCUUUUUUUGUUAGCUAGCUAGCUACAUGUAACACUGUCUGAGAGAUUAGCUAGCUUUUUUUUUGCCUUCUCUUUAAUUAGCAUACUUCAAUGAUACGUCCUAAAUGUGAGCUGGUUUUUCAUAAUGAAUCAAAUCUUCACAUGUUCGGUCAGUACGACGCCACUUUUUUGUAAACAUGGAAGGAAACCAUGUGACUUGUUCUUGCCAGUGGGUGAGUAGUGAUGAUGUCAGGAGGGACCACAACGUUCCUCUUCGUGAUGUUUUUAACACAGAGCCGUUAUCGACUUUCCUUUAUGGAGCUGGACAGCAGCGUGUCCCUGACAGUGUUACUGCUACCGUGUGUUUCCUUUGCUAAUUAGCUGCCUCGCUAACUGGCUAGCAGAACAAAUCGGAGGACUCUGAGGAAUAAAAACCCGACCUGAACUCACACUGGUGAUCAACUGAAAUCUGAUCAUUUUAAAUGUAUUUUAUUUUGAAAAGCUGACCGUCAGAUUGCUGCAGUGGAUUCUGGGUAAUUUGUGCACAAUUAUAUCGAGUCCGUUCUCCUUAACGAACUUUUACUCAAGCUGAAAAUGUGAUUUAAUGAUGAUGGAUGCGGCGGUGGAGAUCGGACCGGGGCAGAGACACGGAGCCGCAGGAGGACGCGUUAAAGAGGAUCGAGAGCCGGGACGAAAAACAGAGACUUUCAUUUUCAGCGACGGAGAAACAGGACACGACUUUCUGACCUGAAGCGUAAUUAUUAUAAAUAUUAACACAGGAAAAUAAACACAUGUAUGGAACUGUUGUGGGGACGG